AUGAACAGAACUGCAUUCACAAUAGCUCAAGAGAAUGUCCAAAGAAAGUAUGGUGGACCUCCGCCUGUUUUGGACGGACCGCCUCUGCCACGUGGAUGUGAAGUAUUCAUCGGUAAAAGGUUGAUGAUGGAUUUCACUGGUUCCAACCGAGGCUAUGCUUUUUGCAUGUUCACUAACAAAGAAGAUGCCUCGACCGCAGUAAAGCAAUUGAGCAAUUAUGAAAUACGUAAGGGUCGGUACCUUGGUGUGUGCCCGAGUAUUGAUAACUGCCGGUUGUUUGUUGGAGGUAUACCUAAAAACGAAAUGAAACAGGAACUGACGGACGGAGUUGUACACGUUAUAGUGUACCCAUCAGCUACAGAUAAAUCGAAUAAUUGGCGUUUCGCUUUUCUUGAAUACGAUAGCCACCGUCCAGCCGCCAUGGCUAGAAGAAAGCUGAUACCCGGAAACUGCUCCCACGGCUGCAUAGACGUCAUCGGAAACUUUGCCUGCGUCUAUUGA